GGGUCCGUGAGGGCGCGUGGGGGCGGCGGCAGGGGUGCGAAACCAGGGCCCGAGGGGCGCGCGUGGCCGGGAGCGGACUUGCAAGGCGCCUUCCAAGGCUCCUCGCUCGCAUGCCACUUGCUUGAAACAUACCCAUCUACCAUCCACCCCGUCUGUCCUACCAUCCCUGUGCACCUCGCUGUGUGGCUCGGGGCCUUGCAGAGCGCGGGUGUUAGGAGGCGACCGUGCGAACCCCAGGCUCACCCAAUAGGGGGCUGCAGCAGGAAUGCGGCAGGAAUGGCACAAGCUUAGAGUGGGGGCCCUUUCCAGAGGCAGCCCCUCCUGACUGUGACUUUGGACACCUCGCUGAAUCUCUGCUUCCUCCCCUGCAAAAAUGAAAAUUCAUUCAAGGGAUGAAGUUAAGAAGUGCCAAGGGUGAGGAUCUCCUUUAGAAGAGGAGAAGCCUUGCAUCAACCUCUUGGGCCUCAGCCAAGAUGUCUGAGAUACUGUCCACUAUAGUCUCCAAGAACAUGACCAAUGACAGGACCCCAUCACAUUGGAUUGGAGGCCCACCCCGCUCCAGAAUGGCCUCAGCUUAGUGAAUUGUAGCUGCAAAGACCUUAUUUCCAAACCAGAUCACAUUCUGAGACAGUGGGGGUUGGGACUUCAACAUACGAAUUGGGAUGACACAGUUCAACCCACAACAGACCAUGAGGAAGGUGUCACUGUGAAGGUAUAUUUAUCAUUCCACACUGAAGAUGCAACUGUCAUGGGGUCCUGGGUGCCAUCUGCUCUGCAUUAGGAGGACUGGCACCCUGAGCAGCCCACCGGAGACCACGUUCCGGCAGCCCCUGUCCCUCAGGCACCGACCAGGAUCUCCGAGCUGCAAAGGAUUCCUGGGUAGAACAGCCUGGAAUCCAUGAACAUCAGCUCUUCUUCAAGCACUGAAGAGAACCCAAAGAAACAGGCAAGAAAAAAUGAAGAACAUGGUCCUGACCCUUCAGCGAACCCUUUCCACUUAUCUGGGGAUGUGGAUUUCUUCUUGCUCAGAGAUCAGGAGCGGAAUAAGGCUCUCUCCGAACGGCAGCAGCAGAAGACGAUGCGGGUGCACCAGAAGAUGACCUGCUCCUCGAAAGUGUCGGCUAAGCACACCAGCCUGCGGCGGCAGCUGCAGCUGGAGGACAAGCAGGAGGACCUGGAGGCGCGCGCCGAGGCCGAGCAUCAGCGCGCCUUCCGCGACUACACGACCUGGAAGCUCACCUUGACCAAAGAAAAGAAUGUGGAGCCUGAGAACAUGAGUGGCUACAUUAAGCAGAAGCGGCAAAUGUUCCUCCUCCAGUAUGCCCUGGAUGUCAAGCGGAGAGAGAUCCAGCGGCUGGAGACGCUGGCGACCAAAGAGGAGGCCAGGCUGGAGCGGGCCGAGAAGUCCCUGGAGAAGGACGCCGCCUUGUUCGAUGAGUUCGUCAGGGAGAAUGACUGCAGCUCCGUGCAGGCCAUGAGAGCGGCUGAGAAGGAGACCAAAGCCAAGAUAGAGAAGAUCCUUGAGAUCCGGGACCUCACCACCCAGAUUGUUAAUAUCAAAAGUGAGAUCUCCAGAUUUGAAGACACUCUGAAGCAUUACAAGGUCUAUAAGGAUUUCCUAUACAAGCUGUCGCCCAAGGAGUGGCUUGAAGAACAGGAAAAGAAACACUCGUUUCUCAAAAAGGCCAAGGAGGUCUCCGAGGCUUCCAAAGAGAACAGUGUUAACUCCACACCAGGGGACAAAGGACCAGGGAUCAAGGGCAAGGCGAGCUCCAUGUGGGCCAAAGAGGGUCAGGGCACAAAGAAGCCCUGGAGGUUUCUGCAGACGAUGCGGCUGGGGCGGAGCCUGUCUUACCUGAGCAGCCCCCAGCAAGGCAGCCAGCCCAGCGAGUCCAGCGGUGGCGACUCCAGAGGGUCGAACUCUCCCAUCCCCGCCACGCAGGAGGACACCGACAGCGAUGGGGAGGAACCACAGCUGUACUUCACGGAGCCCCAGCAGCUCCUGGAUGUCUUCCGAGAGCUGGAGGAGCAGAACCUGUCGCUGAUCCAGAACAGCCAGGAGAUGGAGAAGACCCUGGAGGAGCUGAGCCACACCCUGAAACACACCCAGAUCCGCAUGGACAGGGAGGUCAACCAGCUGAAGCAAUGGGUCACCACAAUGAUGAUGUCCAUCACCAAGGAGGAGGACACAGCAGCUGAGCUGGAGCUCAAAGCCCGAGUCUUCCACUUCGGCGAGUACAAGGGCGAUCAGCAGGAUAAGCUGCUAGAGAGCCUGAACUGCAAGGUGCUGGAUGUGUACCGGCACUGCACCGGCACCCAGCAGGAGGCCAACCUGGGCACCGUGCAGAUGCUGUCCAUCAUUGAGCACCAGCUGGAUGAGCUGCUAGAGAACCUGGAGCACGUGCCCCAGGUCAAGAUCGAGCAGGCCGAGAGGGCAAAGGAGAAGCAGCGGCGCAUCAGACUUCGAGAAGAGAAGCUCCAGAUGCAAAAGAUCCUACAGGAGGAGCGUCUGCAGCGGGCCCAGGCGCGCGCCCAGGCUGAGAUCAAGAAGAAGAGAGGCAGGACACUGGUAUGCCGCUCACGACCCCCAGCCCACAGGAUCAAACAACAGUCUGAGCACACACUGAUGGACAAGGAGAAGGAGGAGCUGCUAUUUUUCUUUACUUAAUCUUCGCAGACCAUAGCUGUUCUGGCUGAAGGCUUAGCAAAGAUGUUGGCAGAGGAAGCAGAGACUGGGCUGGGUCUCAAGUGGCCCAACUGAGUCCUCUCUGUCUCCUGUGUGCUCCCUUCCUCACCUGAAUAAAUUCAUGUCUCUCUGGA